GCUCGGCUCGGCACGGCUCGGGCCAUGGGGCGGCGCGAGCUGCUGGGGCUCCUCUGCGCGCUGCUGCUGGGUUGCUGGGGUCCUGGUGAUGCCGUGAGAUGCUCUGAUAAGCAGUACGAGCACAAGGGCAAGUGCUGCAACCGCUGUCAGCCAGGGGAAAAGCUGGUCUCUGAAUGCAAUGCUACAGAAGACUCUGUCUGCAUCCGCUGUGAGAGCGGACACUAUCAGCAGAGCUGGACCAAGGAGCGGCACUGCACCCCCCACGACAUCUGUGAAGACAACACUGGCCUCAUUGUGAAGACGCAGGGAAACGCGACGCACAACACGGUGUGCCAGUGCCAGGCCGGCAUGCACUGCUCAGACACCAGCUGCCAGACCUGUGUGGAGAACCAGCCCUGCAAGCAGGGCUUUGGGUUUGUGGCAGCCAAGGCCGUGGCUCGGAUGUCGUCCCCCUGCGAGCCCUGUCCAGAAGGCACCUUCUCCAACGUUUCUUCCAAAACGGAACCAUGCUACCCCUGGACAAGCUGUGAGGAAAAGGGGCUCAUGGUGAAGGCGAAAGGGACAAACACUUCGGAUGUGAUCUGCGAGUCGAGCAGGCGCUCCUCGCUGUCCGUGCUGAUCCCCAUCACGGCUGCAGUCGUCACCUGUCUCGUGGGCAUCUGCAUCUACUGCCUGGUCCACACAGACCUGAGGCGACGCGUGCCGAAGCAGGUCGAGGCCGGGGUGCCCCGAGAGAUGGAGAGACAGGAGCCCAAGGAAGACGGGGAGGACAUCUUCCCUGUGCAGGAGACUCUGCUCGGGGGCCAGCCUGUGGCCCAGGAGGACGGCAAGGAGAGCCGCAUCUCGGAGCAGGAGAGGCAGUGAGGGCGCAGGGCACCUCUGACAGAGCACAGCCCGGGGCCAGCGCCCUCUGCUCUGCCCCCUCUCCAGCCGGGGAGGGAGGUGAAGCCUCCGGCCGGCUGCAGACGCGGUGGGGCCGCGGCACGACCGCCCCGGGAGGGGGCCGCAGCGGCGCCCGGCCCAGCCGCCGGGGGGGGGGGCCGUGGCCGAGGGGGC